AUAUCGCCACACGUGGUGAACGAUUUCAACGAUUCAACGAAACAGUGAAAAGUAAUCGUAUUACCGGUUCAAUCAACAGUUGGGAAUCCUCCAGAUGCCGCUACUUAUAAGUUGAAAGACAGUCAUCUGAUUUUACGAAAAGUCUUAGUUUUCUUUCUUCAGGGCCAGAAAUUUAUAUUGCUGUAUAAUUGCGCAGUGACAAUUAAGUACAUCUACAAGUAACUACCCAACUUCGAUGUCGAUGCUUCUUGCACAGGAAAACAUCAAAGUAAAAAAAUGAUCAAAUUAAGUGGUCUUGUCAAUAAUCAGUGGGUGUCAGAACCCAUUAAUAUUAAAUCAUAUUUUGAAGAGUAUGAGGAAAAAUUAUCACUAGCAAUAAAAGCGUUGCAGACUUCUGGUGUGGAUAAUUACAAUUUGGAAACAAUGUCAUCGGUUAUGGGGAUUCCUGAAACAACUUUAACAACAGAUCGUUUCCAUGAACUUAUAUCUUAUUGUGGAGAAGAUAAAUUAGAUGUUCAAUGUGAACCAUGUUCCUUGAAAUUGCGACGUGUGACAUCACGACACAGUUUGUUUUCACGGUCACAAAUUCCUUCUUCGAAAGUAUGUGAUUUGGCAACUCUCAAGCACUUGCGUCAAGUAGGGAAAAAAAAAGAAACAAAAGUAGGAUUGAAGUAUGCCAAUGCAGCUUUUAUUAACAAUGAAGAAAGAGGUAAAAGUGAUUUGACUGUGAAGAAAGAUGUUGUAAUCACCAUAAGAGUGCAUGACACUGUAUAUCCUGUUGAAAAUUAUCCUAAGCCUGCUAAGCCUUUUUCUCAAGAAAUGAUGGUUCUGGGAAGUCAGUCUUUAACUUGCCUCAGAGACAAGAUAAUAUGCACAACAGAUUAUCGUGCAACACAUAGUGAAACUGAAAAGAUGAUUUUUGAAGAUGAAGAGGAAAGGAAAAAUCAUUUGAGAGCUAAGGAUCAAUUUAAAUCAGGGUUAUUUUUCUUUGAAGAUACUUUUUACAAUGAUAUGCGGCAUCCUGCAAAUAUUGACUACAGUAAAGUCAUAAGAGAAUGGGCCGAAAGAAAAAAAAUUGGCCCUUUGCAUGAAGGAUCUAUGGCAGAAACAAAAUUUGAAGAUCUGACAAUUCGUUUUGGAUACCCAUAUGUAUAUCAACAUCAAGGAAAUUGUGAACAUCUCAUUAUCUUUUCUGAUGCCAGUUUACUUCAUGAAUCAGAUGUAUGUGAAAAGAAGCGUUAUCCUGUGGUGAAGUCCAUUGGAACGAAGACGAACCUGUCUUGUAUGAUAUGCCAUUAUUAUCACGCAAGGUGGAUAACAUUUGGUAAUGAGCGGGUUCCAGUUGAUCCAUGUUACUUUUGUGACCAAUGUUUCAAAUCUUACAACUACAUAGGUAAAGAGAAAAUUGGGAAAUUUAAAGUAUAUGAAUAUCAUCCAUUUUUCCCUUUUCAUGAUAAACUUUUCUCAAAAUAAUAUUGUUUGCAUGGCAAUUGCUGUUUUCUUAAUUAUUGUUAUAACUACAUUCCAAUGUCAUUAUUAUUAAGAUUCUUAUGAUUAGUUUUCUUCUACAUUACAUGUGUUAUAAUUUUGUGCCAGGACUGUUAAUGAAUUGAGUUUAUUUCAUUUGAGUUGUCCUGUUUUCAGUAUUAGGAAUCAGCAAUGUUGUGUAACUAAAAUGUAAAUCUUAUGUGUUUUUUUUCCUUGUCUCAUGAGAAUUGUAAAAAUUAAUGAUGUAAAUAAAAUUGUUUGCUUUGAAAUAAAUACAAUGCCUAGCUGCG